CUUGUGAUGAAGCUGUUAGGUGCGAUUCUGCUUUUCAGCCUUUAUUAUGACUCAAGUGCCGGAAUUGACAUUUGGUGCCAACAAGCUUGUCCGUAUUAUAGACGUUUUCCAGCAAUAUGGAAUGCUAGGAUAGAUGUCUACGGUACUGCGAGAACCUGCAAUAUUGCAGAUCUGAGGACGUUCUGUAAUGAGUUGUACCAUAUGAUAAAGAGGAGCCAAAUGCCAGAUGGGCCUCUCCGAAACGAUGAAAAGACUAUAAUCCAGAACAUGGGAAGAUAUACGUGGAGAGAUUGGUGCAACGGUCGAGGGUACAUGGGACCAAAUUGCCACAUGCCAUGACAUGAAUCUUCUUGUUUGUAAAGACUACAGCAUUGCUGCAAAACUUCUCACGAAUAAAUGUAACACUAAACUUA